GUGCUCAGGCAGUACCAGCUGACAGCAGAGAUGUGGGAAGAGAAAAUCACUGCUUGGUAUGCAGAGCACAGGGGUAUUGCCAGGGAUGAAGCUGAGAUGAACUAUCUGAAAAUUGCCCAAGACUUGGAAAUGUAUGGUGUCAAUUAUUUCCCAAUUGCUCAAAACAAAAACCACACAGAUCUCCUGCUUGGAGUUGAUGCCAAAGGUAUUCAUAUCUACAGCAUUAAUAACAGGUUCUCCCCCAAUAAAUCCUUUGAGUGGAGCUCUAUCAGAAACAUUUCCUGUAGUGAGAAAGAGUUAACUAUUAAACCCCUUGACAAAAAAGCAGAAGUCUUCAAGUUCUUCUCCUCUCAGCUCAAAGUGAACAAACUGAUUUUCCAGUUGUGCAUUGGAAACCACGACCUAUUUAUGAGGAGGAGAAAAGUGGACUCCAUAGAGAUCCAGCAAAUGAAAGCACAAGCCAGGGAAGAAAAAGCUAGAAAAAAGAUGGAGAACCAGAGGCUGGCCAGGGAGAAGCAGCUCAGGGAAGAAGCUGAGAGAGCCAAAGAGGAGCUGGAGAGGCGCCUUUUCCAGCUGGAAGAUGAAGCCAGGCAGGCCAACGAGGCUCUGGUGAAUAUUCUUGUGCUUGAUGGGGUUUUUUGGUUUGGAAGUAGGAUUUUUUUUUUUUGACAGCAGGAAUUGUAGCUCAGACAAGGCUGGAGAGUUUCUGAUGGUGGAAAGGGCAUGCAGGAAUCCCUGGGAAAAGCCUGAUCUGAUCCAUUCCCUCCAUUUGGCUCACCCUCUCUCUUCAGGCUAAGAGGAGGGGAAAGGAAACAAUCUUGGAGCUGAAAUUGGGAGAAAGAAGCAGCUGAAGGGACUGGCUUCAGCUUUGUCCAGCUCUAAGAUUUUUCUCCUUGCUUUGUCGUGGUGAGACACAGGAAAUUCUGGAGCAGAGGAGGAACAUCAGACCCUUAAAUUGUCUGGUUUUUAUUUAAGAAACAAUAUUU